CUCUCUCUCUCUAACGAAGUGCACAGCCUAGCCAACAAAUUCAAACGGAAACGGCGCAAAAAACCAGAGAGAAUCCAUGAGCAUCAGACUUUGCAAACUACCUUUGCUCCCUACACACACAGACCCAUAUGCCCAAAAGGGCACAGGCAAACUUUUUGUGUGCGAAUAAUGUCAGCCCACAUCAGAAGAAAAGAGAGAUAACAACAAAACCCCAUUUCAAAAUGAAUCAGAUCUCUGGAUUCAGGUUUUAGAUAUUUGCUUUCCCACUUCUUUAUAUAUUCGUUUCGAACCGGAUAAAAAAGAUUGAGGCCUGAACCAAAACCAGAAACUAAAUACUAGAGCAGAGAAGUAGCUUUCAUGGCUUCGGGGACUACUACACAUUAAGUUUUUGGAUUCUGGUUGUUUGGGUAAAGUCCAAAACUCUGCUGCUCUUCGUUUCUCUCGCCCUCUUCACCUCCCCGGUCCUAUUCUUUUCAACCUCAUUGUUUUCUUCUUGUUCGUCUUUUCCAAAACUCCGUCUCCGAAUUCAUCGUUUUUUUUUUCCCUUUAUUUCGAAAGACUAAUGGGGUUUGUUAUAAAACUCUGACUCGUGCGCUCUUUUUGUCAUUCGUAUUACUCUAUGCUGCUUUGCUCCACUGGUUGGUGACGAAACUGUACCACUUAUUUCCAAAUGGUGUACCUCAUAGAAAUCAUUUAGAAGUGAUUUUGUUACCUCUCCUUGUACAAAGAAAGAUCUACAUUUCACCAAUUCUUUCUGGAGAAGAUGUUGUGUGCUUGCUCAGGAGAGCAAUUCAAGUUGGACGAGCGGCCGCAGUCGCCGGAGUCGCUAGCGACAAGGGAUUUCUCUGCGAGUGGGCUUUCGUCCAGGGCCGGUGACUGGGAUUCGAAAUUUGAGGAUGCCCAGGUGGAUGAAGUUGAAUCCACUCUAAAAGAAGCUCUCUCCUUAAAUUAUGAGGAAGCUAGGGCUCUUUUGGGGAGGCUCGAGUACCAGAGAGGGAAUCAUGAUGCUGCUCUUCAGGUAUUUCAGGGUAUUGAGGUAAAAACUUUAACCCCAAGGAUGGUUAGGGCUAUUGUUGAGAGCACUAGGCCACGGAGACCACGCGGUAAAGGUGAUAAUGCAACUCCCAGUGUGAUGUCGAUGCAUUCGGUGAGCUUACUCCUUGAAGCAAUCUUGCUUAAAGCCAGAUCACUGGAGGAACUUGGGCGAUAUAUAGAGGCUGCAAAGGAGUGCAAAAUAAUUCUGGAUGUAGUUGAAUCGGCACUACCUACCGGAAUGUCUGAGGGCAUUGGUGAAGACUGCAAGUUGCAAGAGAUGUUUCACAAAGCAUUGGAGUUGCUCCCCGUCUUGUGGACCAGGGCAGGGUUUCUUGAUGAAGCUAUCAUUGCAUAUCGUCGCGCUCUAGUCAAGCCAUGGAACUUGGACCCCCAGAGGUUGGCCGGUGUACAAAAGGACUUAGCUGCUACUUUACUCUAUGGUGGAAUUGAAGCAAGCAUUCCGCCUCAGUUGAAAGUACGGGGUCCAACCACCCCGAAAAAUAAUACUGAAGAGGCCAUCCUUUUGUUGUUAAUUCUCAUGAGAAAAGUGGCACUUCGGGAAAUAAAAUGGGAUACAGAAAUUAUGGACCAUCUAACCUAUGCAUUCUCAAUUACUGGCCAGUUUGAAUUGUUAGCAGACCAUGUGGAGCAGGUCCUUCCAGGUAUCUAUAACCGAACUGAGAGGUGGUACUUUCUUGCUCUUUGUUAUAGUGCUGCAGGACAAAAUGAAACAGCUCUGAACCUUUUAAGGAAGGUUUCAAGUUGUUCUGAAGCAAAGCCCAAGCCCCACAUUCCUUCUUUUUUGCUGGGAGUAAAAUUGUGUUCCCAAGAUCCAAGCCAUGCUCACCACGGGAUUGAAUUUGCUCAUAAAAUUAUUGAUCUGGCUGAUCAGCAGAAGGAGCAUUUCAUGGGUCAAGCCCAUAAAUUCCUUGGUGUUUGCUAUGGCAAUGCUGCUAGAGUUUCUGUCUUGGACUCUGAUCGAAUUCUAUUUCAGAAAGAGUCUUUGAACUCUCUAAACCAUGCUAGUUUUAUUUGGAAGGAGGAUCCAGAAGUAAUGUAUAGCCUUGGGCUAGAAAAUGCACUGCAGAGGAAUCUGGAUGUAGCUUUUGACAACGCAACGAUGUAUUCUGAUUUGGUGGCAGGCAGCUCAGGAAGAGGUUGGAAGCUUUUAGCUCUUGUGCUUUCUGCAGAGCAACGAUUCCCUGAUGCUGAAACCAUAGUUGAUUUUGCUUUGGAUGAGACUGGGAUGAUGGAUCAGUUAGAACUUCUUAGAUUGAAAGCUGUGCUUCAGAUUGCUCAAAAACAGCCCAAGCAAGCAAUAGAAACCUACAGAAUCUUGCUAGCUCUGAUUCAAGCACAAAGGGAGUUUAGAACUAAGAACUGUGAUCAAGCAGAGUACCUGGUUUCCAACGCAUUAGUGGAAAGAAAAUUGGAGAUGACAGCCUGGCAGGACUUGGCUUCCAUUUAUACUGAGCUUGGUUCAUGGCCUGAUGCAGAAAUUUGUGUGGGCAAAGCCAAGUCAAUUGAAUUUCAUUCUCCUGGGAGCUGGCAUACAACAGGCAUAUUGUUUGAAGCACAAUCACUGUACAAGGAAGCAUUGGUUUCCUUCUCUGUUUCCUUGUCAAUAGAACCGGAUCAUGUUCCAAGUAUUGUUUCUACUGCAGAAGUACUGAUGAAACUCGGUAGCCACUCACUGCCAAUUGCAAGAAGUUUUUUAAUGAAUGCCGUACGAUUGGAACCCACAAACCAUCAGGCAUGGUUGAACCUUGGAUUGCUUUCGAAAAUGGAAGGCUCCUUGCAACAAGCAGCAGACUAUUUUCAAGCUGCAUAUGAGCUUAAGUCGUCAGCUCCUAUCCAAAGCUUCAUUUGACAUUGGUUUCUCAAUAUUUUAAGCAGACCGACUCUUAGAAUAGGAAUUAGUUCAACCGCUUUCAUCGCUUGAACAAUGGAGUACAACAUCCUGAAUGGUCAUUUCCACUGUUGUUUAUUGAUUUCAUUGAUUAAAGUGUAUAGAAACCCAGUGGGUCUGCUUGUUGAAAUCAAAAUGUACUUAUCAGGGUUCAUUUGUGGAAUCUGAAUUCUUGCUUCUCUCUCA